CCUAAAGUCAGUAAAGACCUGUCUCCACGCGCACAAAAUAAGUUUUCCUUACUUAAUGUAAGUCGUUCUUUUCAGUCGUAUAGUAGUUUCUUUCCACUAAACUCUUUCGGGGAAGAGUAUUUUUACCGUUCAAGAGGGGAGUCUGUUCUUUAUUUUAAUCCAAGAUGUAGACUUUUCCAAAUUGUAUCGACUGCCACUCUCUAUAAGCUAGGCUUACGUCCUAAAGCCAUGCCUUUACUAGAGCCCCGGGAUGCUCGACCUUAUAUAGACUUUAAGCAUUCCAAUCACCUUUUUCGAGUGCUCCUACCACAGAAGAUCCCUCGAAAUAUACCGUGGGAACGCACUUUUUUCGAUAAUCCUGUACUUAGCCGCCUCUACGUGUAUGAUAACUCAUGCUGCCAGUGUAUUACAUCUAUAGCUUUUAUCAAAGCCAUGAUAACUUGGUGGGCAAAGGAGUCUAGUUUAAAGGACCACCAGGCUAGACUAUGUGACCAUCUAGUUAUGAAAAAGGAGAGGCUCAUACCUCCCGGCCCUCUGACUUCUGAUACUCUACACGGUCUGCCAUGCACUCAGAAUGACCCUCCUACUUACUUUUCGGAUGAACAUAGUGAUUAUUUUGCCUCUUCGCCUCAUGAUGAUGAGGCAUGCACUUCUGAUCUUUCAUCCUGUGAGCAAGAUAUUGAUGACUUCGACGUACUUGAUUCUGAUUACUAUGCGAUCCUACACGACGACCCUAACCUACAUGACGCACGAUCAUCACCUCCUUUGCCUUUUCCUUCGGAUUCUGAUAGUGAGUCUAAUUGUCCCUCUUCAUCUUCCUCUUCGUCCUCUCUUUACAAUAAGUCUAAAGAAUGCGCUAGCGAUCAUAUAUCAUCACCUGGACCUUCUAAUUUUUUACAAGACCCUAAGUCUAAUUCCCAGGACCAAAACACAUUUACCCAUAACCCUGACUCAUUAUAUCCACAUCCGGAAUGUUAUCUACCUAUCUAUGAAGAGAGUAAAAGUAAAACACUUUCAUCUGAACAGACUAAGCUACUAGGAAAAAUCAACUUAAUUAAGUCACAACAUCCUACUAACAUCUUAUACAACCCUGACAAACAACAACCCUACAACAAGAUACAUCCACAGCAAUCGUUUGAUCCGGAGGACUACGAAUUUUUAUCCGCUGAGGACCAGAAAAAGAAAUCCAUUUUUGAACGAGUCAACCUCACAGCGGAAGAGAUUGAAAGACAGAUUAAGGACAUACUAACUACAAAAAACCUACAGCAUCUCAUUAACAAAAAAAGCCCGAUUCCUCACUAUUAUAAUAGUUCUAAGGAACAUAAAGCUCCAAAAAUCUCUUCAAGAGGGAUCACUGGUGCGCCAGCCCAUACUACACUAGGCAAGUGCGCUUCUGAACUACAUUCAAUUCUUAAGUGCGUACUUGAGUGGCUACUUAAAUACCAGUGGCAAGGCCGUACUUUUAAAAUUAUUAAUACUCAAGACUUAGUGAAAAAAGCGACUAAAUCAAAAUCAUAUAGGAAAAAUUUCUAUGGCUUUGAUUUUGGUAGCAUGUAUGAUAGAUUACCACAUCACCUCAUACUUUCUUGCCUGAAUAAAGUGAUUACUGACGUUUACUCGGACAAAAAAAAUGAAGGAAAAGUCAUUACUAGCUCAUAUACGUACAACAACAACAAGUGGAUAAAAGCAUUUGCUUUCAGAGACGAAGCGGAAAUCUUACGAACAGCAGAAAGACUUAAGAGGGACCCUCCAAUCUACUACAAGCUGGAGCAAGUGCUAGAUAUUGUAGAUAUUUGCAUUAAUAGCAACUACAUCUCAUGUCUAGACACCUUUUUUAUCCAACGGAUAGGUAUACCACAAGGACUCAGUUGCUCCCCUAUGAUAGCUGAUAUUUUUUGUUGCUACUACGAGUACAUUUUUUGUCUCAAAUUUCCUAUUUUUGGCUCUUUAGGUAUAUGUAGAUAUAUGGACGACCUACUAGCUCCUCUAGAUAUUCCUGUUCUUGGGAUAUAUCCUAAGGAGCUCGAAAUACUCCGCACUACUACUGCAAGUUCUACAGCCUGCUUUCUCGAUGUAGAACUUGCCAUAAUAAAUCAUGAGCUUGAGUAUAAAGUAUAUGACAAACGGCGUUCCUUCGAUUUUCCACUACUUAAGUAUACGCCUUUCUCCUCAUGUGUACCGGCUAGCAGUCACAAGCACCACUUUAAGAGCGCAGCUAUUCGAUUAUACAAUCUGAAUAGCUUUCUUAUUUUUUACCUUUUUGAUCUCUUAGAUGUUACUUCAUAUUUUGUACACAAUCAAAGCUGGAAUAAAAAUAUACCUUAUUGCGGCAUGAGCCAUAUAGUCCUCAAGCAUUACCAACAUAAGUGGUUUAAAACUCCCGAACAAUUCAAGAGCAACGUUAGCAAGUUCCUAGUUAUUGCCGCGCAAGAACUUCAAGAAAGAUUCUCUCACUCAGUACUUAGAAAAGAAGAACCCACCGCCUAAGGCUUAAGCAUUGCUAGCGUCUUUUUGUUUUCUUUUCUUUUAAAUUACUCCUUAUUCAUUACUUAUGCGUGUCCGCUACCUUUUUCCUUUGUACAACUUAUUGGGGGUUACACUAAACUAAAACGAAAGGGGGUUCAAGUCGUAAAUAUAUAGUUCAGACUUACAGCACUCAUCUACAUACUCGUCCAUAAUGACACUCACAACAUAAAAGACACUCAUAUUGCCUCUGCUCACAUACUCUACUGCACAAUUAUCUACAUACCCCUGUAUAUUACUCAAACUGCUGUCAGUAUGUUCGCCUCCUUCCUGGUUUUUUUCUGACUAAGUAUGUCACCUCUUGAGAGACUUUUCUUUUUUUCUUCCUUUCCCCUCUUUUCUACCUCAGUGGAGUAACAUUCUAAAUGUCUUAGAGAGAG